CUGUUUUCCGCCCGCCGGCUCCGGGUCCCUGAUGUCUCUCUGGCUUCCCCGCGGGGGGCGAAGGUGAAAAGGCUCCUAGGAUGAGUGAAGGGGCGAGCGGUGCCUCCCCACCUGGUGCCGCUUCUGCCGCUGUUCCCACAGCGGCCGCCGCCGCUGCCGCCGCCGAGGAAGGGGCAGCAGCGGCGGCGGGCGGGGGCCCGGACGGGGAAGGGGCGGCCGAGCCCCCCCGGGAGUUACGCUGUAGCAACUGCAUUGUAUGGAACCGGCAACAGACUUGGCUUUGCGUGGUGCCCCUGUUCAUCGGCUUCAUCGGCCUGGGGCUCAGCCUCAUGCUCCUUAAAUGGAUCGUGGUGGGUUCCGUCAAGGAGUACGUGCCCACCGACUUGGUGGACUCCAAGGGGAUCGGCCAGGACCCCUUUUUCCUCUCCAAGCCCAGCUCCUUCCCCAAGGGCAUGGAGACCACCACGACCACGACCACCACAUCCACCUCCACCUCUACCCCGUCCUCCGGCACCGCCUCCUCCAGGACGCCCAACCGGAUUAGCACUCGUCUGACCACCAUCACGCGGGCACCCACUCGCUUCCCUGGGCACCGGGUGCCCAUCCGGGCCAGCCCCCGCUCCACAACGGUGCGGCACACCGCAGCCCCCCCGACAGUACUCUCCACCACGGUCCCCUUCUUCAGCAGCAGCACGCAGGGUUCCCGCCCACCCCUGCCAGGGGCCCCCAGUACCCAGCCAAUGCCCUCUUGGCCCACUGCGGCAUACGCUACCUCCUCCUACCUCCACGACUCAACUCCCUCCUGGACCCUGUCUCCCUUUCAGGAUUCUUCCUCCUCCUCCUCCUCUUCCUCUUCCUCCUCCUCUACCACCAUCAAACCAGAAACUAGCACCAGCCCCAAAUUUCAUACGACUACAUAUUCCACUGAACGAUCGGAGCACUUUAAGCCGUGCAAAGACAAGGAUCUUGCAUAUUGUCUGAAUGAAGGAGAAUGCUUUGUGAUUGAAACCUUGACGGGGUCACAUAAACACUGCCGGUGCAAAGAAGGCUACCAAGGAGUCCGCUGUGAUCAGUUUUUGCCGAAAACCGAUUCCAUCUUGUCGGAUCCAAACCACUUGGGGAUCGAAUUCAUGGAGAGUGAAGAAGUUUACCAAAGGCAGGUGCUUUCAAUUUCCUGUAUCAUCUUCGGUAUCCUCAUUGUGGGCAUGCUCUGUGCUGCAUUUUACUUCAAAAGCAAGAAACAAAGUAAACAAAUCCAGGGGCAGCUGAAAGAAAUGCAGAGUGUUAAAAAGUACAGCCUCAAUGCCUCCAGCAUGAUGGUCAAGUCAGAAAACAUGGCACAGAGCAGAGGCCAGCAGCAAAAUUAUUCAAAGACAGAGAGGCACCCAGGACGUACGUUGGAGAAAAUGAUGGAAUCCAGUUUUACUGGCAACCAACCUUUUCAAGAAGCCCAUUCUCCUGACAGAGGAAGCCAGUCCUUCAAACACCACAGGAGUCUUUCUUCAUGCUGUAGCCCAGGGCAAAGGACUGGAAUGCUACAUCGGAAUGCUUUCCGAAGGACUCCACCUUCUCCUCGGAGUAGACUCAAUGGGAUUGCAGGACCAGCAUAUCAACAGCUGGAAGAGGCAAGGAUUGCAGAUCAAGACACAAUUCCUUGCCAAGGGUAUCCAUCAAAUGGAUUAAAAACCCAACAAAAUACAACAAUAAAUAUGCAACUGCCUUCAAGAGAGACAAAACCCUAUUUUAAUAGCUUGGAUCAAAAGGACCUAGUGGGAUACUCAUCCACAAGGGCCAGUUCUGUUCCCAUCAUCCCUUCAGUGGGCUUAGAGGAAGCCUGCAUGCAAAUGCCAGGUAUUUCUGACAUCACAAGCCUCAAAUGGUGCAAAAACUCCUGUUCUGCUGAACUUGUCAAUGUGAGUGGUCCAGUCAGCAGUUGUCUUAUAGUAGAACAACAAGAAGUAAAAAUAUUGCUAGAAACUGUUCAGGAGCAGAUUCGAAUUCUGACUGAUGCAAGAAGGUCAGAGGACUAUGAACUGGCCAGUGUUGAAACUGAGGACAGUGCAAGUGAAAACACGGCCUUUCUACCCAUGAGUCCUGUGGCCAAAUCAGAAAGAGAGGCACAAUUUGUCUUAAGAAAUGAAACACAAAGAGACUCAGCCUUGACCAAGUGACUUGGGAAAUGAGGAUCUGUGCAUUCAAUGCUUUGCUAAACAGGAAAGAGAGGAAAUUAAAUACAAAUUAUUUAUAUGCAUUAAUUUAAAAGCAUCUACUUAGAAGAAACCAAAUAGUCUAUCGCCCUCAUAUCAUAUAGUGUUUUUUAAGAAAAUAUUUUUUUAAAGGGAAAGAAACAUUUCAGGAGGGAUAAAGCUUACAUCAAAAGCUUUUUGGUAGGAUUCUGAAUACACUUUCAGUUAGUUUUAGCACUGUUCUCUUUGGCUCUUAGAAGGCUUGGGCUAUGCGUAAACACCACUCUAAAAGUUCAAUAUUGGCCUUAGAUACGUUUGGGGUUUCAAGGUUUAAAUGCAGAAUACUAUUCACUGAACGCAGAUUGUUUGGUGAAUAGGUACCUGCAGCUUUGCUGGAAUAUGCUCAAACCUUUAAUUUCUUGUCCACCCAAUAGGGUCACUGCAGGUUCCACUGUGGCAACAGAUUUUAAUAUUCCCUAUCUGAUUUUGAAAUAUGGCACAAAAAUAACUAAAUUCUGGAAUGGUCAGAAGCACAGGAGAUGCAGGUGCCCUCCAAAAUGCUUUGGUGCACUGUGAGAUAAUAAGAAUUUCAAAGGGUUUUAAAGUCCUAGAACUUGAAGGAGUUCUAAAUGUGGCACUGAUAGAAACAGUCAACCAUCAUAAUUUGUCACAAAAUAUACUACAUAAAAAGUCAGACUUUGAAGCUCUUGAUUUUCAAAGGAACACUUGUAGGGAUAUGUGUGUAUGUAUCUGUGUCCGUGUGUAGGCGUGCCUGCAUGUACUCACAUGAACCUGUGUGUGUAUGUGUGUGGGCUUUCUUUCCCCUUAACUUUGAUAUAUAUUUUUUUUCUUAUGAGAUGUCAGGGAAUCCAAUAUUCAGCCAAAUAUGUUUCCAUUUUAAGUCUAAAUUUUAUUUUUUCUUUUACUUUUUGCAUUAUACAUAAACUUAGUAAGUUCCUAGAGCCCAGGGUCCUCAUGGUGGGGUCCUCUUAAGGUCUUAAACAUUUCUCUGCCCCCUUUUUUUAAGAGGGAGAAAACAUUUCACCAGAUGACAAUAAAUCAAGUACUGACUAAACUAAAGGUGUGUUAUUUUUAUUAUUUUUGAAUUAUGUCUAUUCAUACAACUAACCAGAUAGCCUUCUCAUCUUCAUUGCUAAAAAGAUUGAUUUUUUUUAAUCUAGUCUAAUCCACAUGAACUAAGGCAUUUGGCUUCUUUUAUUAGGAAGGGAGGGGCAAAUUAAUAGAAUGACAUAGGCCAAAUUCCUCAGUUCACAGGGAACCCCUUGCUGGUUCAGUAAAUUGUGAUAUAUGUUCAUUUGGAAUAAAGCAAUAUUUUGACCAAUGUCAAGUCAAUGUCAAUAUUUUCUAAAGGUUUAUCUUUUAUUUCCCUUUCAUAUGACAUUAAGGAAAACUAGCCUUUUCAUGAUCAGUAUUUUUUAGCCACCUGGACAAUUAUCAUUAAUCUACCAUUUCUGUGGCUACAAUCUUUACUCUGUUUUCACUUAAAAAAAAGGCAAAGAAGUUGAAAGGAUACAUGAAUUCUGAAGCAGGUUGGAGAAUAUUUGCUUAGAACUUCACAUUGUAGAUUAUCAUUGCACAGAAGAUCUUUGGGUUAUAACCCCUUAUGAAGCAAACCUGGAUACCAUACAUUUUUAUUGCAAAUUAAUUUGAUAUUGAAAACGUAGUGUGGGAUUGCUUUAGAAGAAGAAAUGCAAGAAUUUAGCAAUGUGUUUCAAAAAUAAGAUUAGCUUAAUCCAAGUAGAGUAGGAGGGCUGCAAAAUCACUUGAUUGUGAAGGAGGAUCUGAAUUAGGUGGAGUUACUACUUUGUGUUCAGUGAAAGAAUGUGUGUCUCUUAUACGAACUGCCCUCAUAAGUUGGUACACUGCUUGAACACAGAGACAUUAAUGGUAAUAAUUUAACAAAGACUUAUGUCUUUUUUGUUUGUUUUUAAAUGCCAUACUUAGAUAAGUUCUUUGUUUGAAUAAAAAAAGAUUUAGAAAGGUAAACUUGUAAGUGGUAUGCCCAUUCCCCAUAUAUCUAGCUUCCUGUUGGAUGGAAGUUAUGAUUUUGCCAAUGUGUCCCCAUAUAAUGGGUAGGCAGCACAGGUGAGUAAGUGAGAACACUUUAUCCAUAGCUGUAUCCACUACAAUGGGAAAUGUUCCUCAGCUACAUCUGUGUACUGUUCAGCUAGCUGGGAGAAGUUAUGCAAUGUGUGAUGCAUAAUAAAUUCAUUCAAUGUCUUAAUUGUCCUGGCAAAGACUGAAACUAGCCAAUUCCAACCAAGGUUGGUUGCAUUUUCUCAAAUAUCUCUUUUGAGCUUAUCUCAGUGAGAAAGUUAAAACACCCCAUGCUAUUUAAACUAUGAAAUGAAAUCCCAUAUACAUGGGAUUCUAGGCAUCAAAUAGUACAUGUUCUAUUAAUCACUCAACAUACUCCCCUAGAAAUCCUGACAUUAUCAUGAAAGUGGACAUGAUGGAAUUAUUCAACUGGGUUCUUUAUCUGAGUAAUUGUCAAUUAAUUUUUAGACAAGAAAUUCCCUAGCAAUUUAUCUGUUUAAGAGUUUCAAAGACUUAUUCUCCCUAUUUUGGGAAAUGCCCCAUUACAAAAAAUGUACAAGCAGAAAAUGUGUAUCCAUGUGUACGAAUUUAAAAGAUCUACAUAGAAACACUUUAAAAGUCAUCUUAAACAGCAAACACCUGGAGCUUGUCAGUACCUUGUCCUUCGAGCUCAUUUGCCUAAAGGCAAAUCUUUGUGGUUUAAUAAGAUACUUCUGAUUCUUUUUUUUUUUUUUGAAAUGUCUUCCCCCCCUCAACCCCCACUUCUUUCUUGUGUAAACAGGAAGCCUAAGUUUAAUUGAAUUUGUUAUUCAUUUUCCAUUUCAGAAUGAAGUUUGCCUAUUGUGUUAUGUUAAGGCGCUUCUUUCUGUCCCUUCACUCAAAACAGAGUUGUUAUUUGCCAGGGAUUAUGGGAAAAUGUUAAUGUCAUUGAUGAAUGGGAGAUGGAGGGUCUUCUGGAAGAAGGACUGGAAAUGGAAGAUUAACAUCCAGAACUUGCCCCUCAUUUUCUUGGGGAAGGGAGGUAUGGUGAGUUACAUUAUGUCUCUGUGGGUGGUCAUCUCACCUUGCUUUGAGUUAAGGACUUGUCAUUUGCAAAUUAAUCACAUAUCCACUGUGCUUUCACUAUUUUAAGUGGCAAAAGAAAGAUGUGAACUGAAUGAAAAGGUUUUUUUUCAAGGCUUCAUGGAUUUUGUGCUUUAUAGUUGUAAAAAUCAACAUGAAAAAAGAGAAAAUAAUAAAGUUACAACUUGCUUAGCGAGAGCCCACUUUGGAUAGCCAUGACCACCUAAAUAUUCAGAUGAUUCAGACUGAGCUUCCUGAAUCUGGACCAACCUUGGGAAAGCAUACUGUACCAAGCAUCAGAUGUAAAGAGUAGAUUGAAUUAGAAAACUGGGAGGGAGAAAGAAAAUCAAAAACUUUCCUUCCCUUCUUGUUAUUUAAAUGUUGCCAACAUCAUUCUUUUCAGUUUCAAUUACUGGUCAAGCCUAGCUUUUGGAUCCCCACUCCUAGUAAUUAAGAUGGCAGAACUGUUAGUAUUAUGUGUCUUUCACUGUUGUCAGCAAUGGUGGUUCUCUUCUAGCCAAGCCCUAAAGACUAGGAAAUAUUGCCCCAGAACAACUGUUGUGAAACAAAUUUUCCAACUAAAUCUAUCCUACAUAUAAGAGGGGUAGGGUUUUUGUUUGUUCUUUUGGAUAUGGGAAACCUAUAUUUUAUAUAUAAUGAACUCUUUUUUUAUUACUAUUCAAUUGUGUAAAUUCAGUAUAUGGUAUACAACUAUGGCAUGUCAACUGUGUUUGUACUGUAGUCAUAAGAAAUACAAUGUUCAUUUGGCAGAGAGCCACAGACAUCUGUGCUGUCCCUAUCACUUAAUGCAUACCAACACACAGGAAGUCACAGGCCUUUGAAUAAGCUUUAUCUCUUCCUCUUUACUUCUUACUUUCCCUUUUAAAGAAACAGUGAGGGUAGAGAGGACUCUAGAUUUAAGAUCCCAAAUUAAGCACUCCUUCUAUCUGACUUUCUGGAGUUUUCUUCUAAUUGUUAGUACAUUCCUAUCACAAUUUGUCCUGAUUGUUCAAGAGUUUCCAACAUUUCAAAUAUUGUAUUCUCAAUGAUGGGGGGUUAUUUUUUGUUCUUUCUGCUUCCAUUUCUAUCCCAAACAAUAGUGAUAAAUACGGUUUCCAAGUGUUUGGGCAUUUGUCUUGUUCUUUUUGUUUGUUUAAACAUGCUUCACUUUUUCAGGUCUUUUCCCCUGCUAACCCACUAAAGACAAACAGUGACAAUGUGACAUGGAGUCCCAAUGAUCUCACAUUAAAUGAGAGGCGUGGCCACUUGGAAAUGGUUGAAAGUAUUCCCACAUUUUUGAUCCUCUUCUUUCUUGGACAAGCAGAGCUAACAGUUGGUAGAAAGCUUGGGAUAACCCUGGGGUAAAAUCCCUGUUAGAUUUCCUCUUAGGAACUAAGAUGUAAAAUUUUGUGUGUAUGAUUGCUGUCCCUAAAGUGUAUAAUGGUCUCAAAUAUAUAUAUUUUUACACUCUUAACCAUAAUGUAUUUAAAAGGUGUCCAGAAAGUCACCUUUGAAUUCUGUUCCCCAACCUGUUAAACUGGCUAGCUGGUAGAAUGGGGACAAAAUGGGGAAAAUUCUGAGUUAGUGCCAAUGUUGGCUAAUACUUAUGGAGAUACUUGGAGAUCUGACCAACACAUCCUUGGCAAAAUGGAGGUCCAUUUGGUAACUUGUCAUAAAUUACUGUAUUGAUUGCAUGUGUAUUGCUGCCUAUGAAAGAAUUAAUUGUGUGAUAGCAAGCAAUCAGUGUUACUAUUUGUUUGGAAAGUAUUAGAAAACUAUCAUAAUGAAACUCAUUACCAACAAAAUAGUGUCCCACUUAUUUUCAGAGACCAAGUCCUAAUCUGUUAAAUGAGGGGGCCUGAUCUAGAUGACCUCUAAUUUCUUUUCCAUCUCUAAAAUUAUAUGGUUCUAUUUCAGACCUGUAUUAAACCUCACUCCUUUCCCUUCAAUUCCACACCCCCUAAAUUUCCAACACAUCUUCACUUUGAUUCUUCUAUAGGACUGAGACAGAGAAAAAUGAGGGAAAGGUCAUAUAGAUUAGUGGCUCAUAGGAGAGAGGGCAUCAUUUAAAAUCAAAUCUUCUUUGAAAAGUUCAUGGGCCUCACUUCAAGGUCUUCAAUAUAUUGACCAGUCUGAAGCUUGAAAUGUGUUUAUGACAGCAUCUGAUAUAUUUUUUUCUGCUUGUUUUCCAUAGAACGAUUAGCAUAUUUUUCCCCAAUAAAAUGAAGACAGGUGUUAUAGAUGAAACAAAGGAGAGUCUCUGUUGGAUUCUUAGUAGACACACUCAAUCACAAGUUUAAAUUACCUGUUUUCCAUUUGAAAGCCCAAAUGCAUAGCUCCCUAUAUAAAGUAAAUUGUAUGGAGCACCAAAAUAUCGUAUUAUGCCCAUAUCAAAGACAGUAUUUCUCAAUAUGUUUGAGUAUACUUAGAAGACUAUGUACAUUCACCACCAGAAAGCAAGUAUCCUUAAAGAGACUCCAUUGUCUCUCAAAGGCCAUUAGCAGAAGCAAACUAAACACAAAAAUUAAAGUAGAUAUUCAUAUUUGUUAUUUUUCCCCUUUUUUUGCAUCUUAUGCUUAAUACCAUAUUCGUCUAUCUAGUCAAAAGUGAACAACUCUGAAAUAAUAUCUCAAAUGCUCAAAAACAAUUGGGAAUAAUAUAAUAAGAAAACCCAAUAUCUCUGGGUGAAAUUACUUCUUAAUGGACCUAUGAUCUCAUUAAAUAGCACUCAUUCUAAUGAUACAGAUUACAAAUCUUCCAUACCUGCCCAUCCUAUGUAAUUUUUGCCCACGUCCUCCCAUAAAUCUUCCACAGAAAACUUCCUCUAGCUACCUUUAAAUUGCAGGAAUGUCACCAUCAUAAUGUACCAUUUGUUGGACGAUGAAUAUUUUAUUUUUCUUAAUAAUAUGUUGACUAGUAAGGGCCCCUUUUUGGGGGGUUGGCAAAUAAGAGUACAUUCUAGGACAACAAUUCAACAAUAUUCCAGUCAAUAAAAUGUGAAUUUAAAUGUAACUUCUCUUAAAUGGAUCAACAUUUGAAUAUUUUUUUCCUGUAUACAUUGUAAACAUGUGUAUGUUUGCAUUAAAUAUGAAUUGCAAAUGUAAGACUUGUAUGAAUGAACAAACAUAUUUCCCCUCUUUGACCAUGGCCUGGUUCAAUGGUUACAAUACUUUGUUUACUUUUUGACAGUUUGUAAACGAUGUUGAUUCUAGAAGCAAGAAUUAAAAACACAACAUUUAUGACAUCAGACUGAUCUUCUUGAAGAUCACAACCUAUCAGUAUUACCCAUUUAGAAUAUCCAUGACCUUGUGAAGGUCAACAAACCCUAUUUCCUUCAUUAUCCCUUGAAACAGGGCAGAAUUUUUAAGUAUGUUAAGGUAAAUGGAAAUGAAAACUGAAGUUUACAAAUCAUCUGAUGAAAACAAAGAGUUUUACCACUGUAUGUUUGCAAUUUUUAAAAAAGGGGAUAAAGUCACUUGGAGGAAAUCAAGUCAGGAAAAACAUUGAUCUUUGACAUUCCUUUUGAUUUGAUGGAACUUGCUAUUUAACCAAAGGGACCAUUCUAUAUCAAUACCACUCAAUGACACCCUCACUUGACAACAGUUCUCUAGGACUUGCUCGUGUACUUUAGCAUUGUCUUUCUUAAUUAAGCCCCACUCCCAAAUAUAUUACACUCAUGUUGUAUGUUAAAAUCCAAUGUUUUACACUUGUUUUGCAUAUUUAAACUUAUUCCCACACUUCUCACUGAACAUGUUUCAUGUCUGCUGAGACACUGAGGGCUAAGUGCUAAGAUAAAUUGCCCAGCAAAUAAAUGAAAGAAAAUUUAAAAAAGAAGUCAACAUUUUAGUCUGACUUAUGCACAGGAUGUUUCAGCAAAUUCUCCUGAACAAUAAAAAGCUUGGCAAGAACACACACACACACACACACACACACACACACACACACACACUUAUUUCAACUGUAACUGAUUAGAUAAUACAAAGUUGGCUAAACUUAGAUAAGUUAAUGCCAUGGAAUUGACAUACGUGGAUUUUAAUUUAGAAAAAAAAAAUUGGACCUUACCCACAUGUUCAAAUAGCAGAUUAACACCAUUAAGAUCAAUCAUAGUCUAUCAUACUAUUCCAACCAAACAUUUAUGCGUUUGAUUAAUCAUUUCUUAAUGAUGAAUGUUAAACCACACCCAGUACAAUAGAUUAGAAAGUAGGUAGACUAUUUGUGUAUUUCCAACUGGUGAACAGUUUGGAAUAUGGGAAAGAAGACUGGAUUUGUAGGCAGCAGCCCAGGAUUCAAUUUUUAGCUCUAGUAAUUACUUACUAGUUGUGUGACCAUUCUGAGCCUUGGGUUCCUCAUUUACAAAUGGGGAUGUUAAUGCUGACACUACCUACCUCACAGGGUUGUUGUGAGGAGAGUGCUUUGUAAACUCAAAAGCACCAUACUUACGAGCAAAUAAUAACUGUCAUCAUUCACCUUUAUUUCACUUUUAUUUCUGUUCUGUAAAGAAACAUUCCUAGUGCCUAAGAUGAAGAUUAUGUUUCAAGGAGACUUCAAUGUGUAUCACUUUUCUCCUCUUUCAAGUAAUGAUUUGAAAAUGAAAUCCACUCUUCUGUUGGCAAUGGUAAUCGGAAACAACCUUGAGAAAUAUGUCACUCCACAUCUGAGCAAAUGUUGCGUUCCAUUAUGUUUGGACUCCAUUUUUGGGGGAGAUGUACAUUCCUGUUCAUGAUUUUAAAGGAA